CCGACCUACGGGGACCUCAACCACCUCGUUUCGGCCACCAUGAGCGGGGUCACCACUUGCUUGCGCUUCCCCGGGCAGCUCAACGCCGACCUCCGGAAGUUGGCCGUUAACAUGGUGCCCUUCCCAAGGCUCCACUUCUUCAUGCCAGGCUUCGCGCCCUUGACCUCCCGAGGGAGCCAACAGUACCGGGCCCUCACCGUGCCCGAGCUCACCCAACAGGUCUUUGAUGCCAAGAACAUGAUGGCAGCCUGUGACCCCCGGCACGGGCGUUUGAAGAUGGCCGUGACCUUCAUCGGCAACAGCACGGCCAUCCAGGAGCUCUUCAAGAGGAUCUCGGAGCAGUUCACGGCCAUGUUCCGCCGCAAAGCCUUCCUCCACUGGUACACGGGCGAGGGCAUGGACGAGAUGGAGUUCACCGAGGCCGAGAGCAACAUGAACGACCUGGUGUCCGAGUACCAGCAGUACCAGGACGCCACGGCCGAGGAGGAGGAGGAUUUCGGGGAAGAGGCUGAAGAAGAGGCUUGA